AUGGUAAAAACACAAUCAUGUUGGCUGCCAUUUAGUGAUGAAAUAAACCUUCAUCAUCUAAAUCUAAUCACCCUAACCAAUCAAAAUGCCCUCAAACCCCCUCUCCAUGCCACACUAUUCCUCCUCCUUCUACUCCUCUCCACCACCUUAGCCAAGAACCACCACUCUCCGGCCGCCGGGCGCCACCCCCACCACGCCCCGAAAAACGCGACGGCCGUCCGGCUCCGCCAGGCCUAUGACGCUCUCCAGUCCUGGAAGCGCGUCAUCUACUCAGACCCGCGCCAGCUGACCUCCAACUGGCGCGGGCCAGACGUCUGUGCCUACCGCGGCGUCUACUGCGCCCCCCACCCCAACGACACCUCCAUCACCGCCACCGUCGCCGGCAUCGACCUCAACCACGGCGACCUCGCCGGAUUCCUACCCGAAUCCCUGGGCCUCCUCUCCGACCUCGCCCUCCUCCACCUCAACAGCAACCGCUUCUGCGGCAUCCUCCCCUCCUCCCUCGCCAACCUCUCCCUCCUCUUCGAGCUCGACCUCAGCAACAACCGCUUCGUCGGCCCCUUCCCCGCCGUCGUCCUCGCCCUCCCCUCCCUCCACUUUUUAGACCUCCGGUAUAACGAAUUCGAGGGCCCCGUGCCCCCCGAACUCUUCAACAACAACAAACUCGAUGCGAUAUUCAUCAACAACAACUGGCUGACCUCCGUGAUCCCGGCCUCCCUCGGCUCCUCCUCCGCCUCGGUUGUUGUCUUCGCCAACAACCGCUUCUCCGGCUGCCUCCCCCCGACGAUCGCCAAAUUCGCGGACACGCUAGAGGAGCUUCUUCUCAUCAACAGCAGCAUCUCCGGGUGCCUCCCGGUGGAGCUAGGGUUUCUGUACAAGCUCCGCGUUCUUGAUAUCAGCCAAAACGACAUCGUAGGGCCGAUUCCGUACAGCCUGGCGGGGCUGGCCCACCUGGAGCAGCUCAACCUGGGGCACAACCGGCUGAGCGGGACGGUGCCGGAGGGGAUAUGCGCGCUGCCGAAUUUGGCGAAUUUCACCUUCUCUUACAACUUUUUAUGUGAGGAAGAGGGGAUUUGUGGGAAUUUGACGGCGAGGGGGGUUGCUUACGAUGAUCGGAGGAAUUGCUUGCCGGAGAAGCCGCGGCAGCGGAGCGAGAAGGAGUGUGAGGCGGAGAAGCCGGUGGAGUGCUUCGAGGGGGAAUGUGGGGGGAGGGAGAUUCAUGAUGGUGUUAGUGUUUCUGCAACUUCGCCGCCGCCGAGUUGAGUUUUGCGGCGGUGGUGGCUGAGAACCAUCUGGAAACUUCCUCUGUGUAUAUAGUUUUAGUGUAGUGUGACUUAAUUUGUGUGAAAAUUGGAAGUGGAGUAGUUCUUUUUAUAAUGUUGUGUGAGUAAUUGUGGAUCUAUUUGUGUAGUGUUUACUUUGUUUAUGUGUGUGAUAAAUGAAUAAAAUUAUUGAUUGUAUGA